CAUUUGCCUAGCGCCAAUCCAAACUAGCGCCCAUUCUAUUUACCUCCACGCAGCCGCGAUGGCCACCCCGGCCACCACCCUUCCGCCUCCACCAUCGGAAUCGACGACCACCUCCAACCCGAAGCAGCCGCCGCCGCCGCCGCCGCAGGCGCCAUCGCCUCCUCCUUCCGGCGCUGAGUCCGACGCGCCGCCAAAGAAGCGGAAGCUGGAGGAGGUGGGAUUUCACCACUCACCGUACUACAAAAUCCGAGCAACCGUCGUCAACCUCCGCGCCCGGUUCCUUCAGGUUUGUCAAGCAUCUGACCCCCAAAAGAAAGAUGCUGCUCUUGAGAUCUUGAAAGAGAUAAAAGAUGUAAUGGAAUUAUCCAAGAAAAUGCGGCUUGAUCUGUCCUCUGCUGCUGAGCCCGUGAAACCAUUCGUCAAACCUGCAGCUAGAGCUUCCAAGGAUACGCCUGCUGGGAAAAUCCCAUCUGCAGAGAAGAAUCAGGUUCAUCCGAUAAGCCUGGCUGGAAAUAUUGUGCACAAUACAGGUGGGAAUGCACCACUCAAACCUGAUAACUCAGAGGCUGCAGCACCGAGGUUAGUGUUGCCAGUGGAGAUUAAAAAGGAAGCCAGACCAAGUAAGGUAACAAACUAUACGAAGCAGCAGGGCAAACUCCUGCAAGGGUCUUAUGUCAUCGGUGGAUCCCCCAUUGGCUGGAAUUUUCUUAUGUGGCCUGGAAGCAAAGCAAUCUACUACGGCUUGACCAAAGCAGAGUGGUUGGCUCAUCAAUCUGCAAAAUGAAAUUCCAUCCCUCCUGUCCCAGCAAUCAACAGCUACUGUCAUCUUAGAUCUUCAGAGGAUAACAUAGUAUUUCCUAGUAGUUGCUGUGAUAGAAGGAGAACUGAACAGUACAUGAUACUCCAGAAAGAUGACUGGUUGACACCAGAACAUGGUAAGGUACUGAGGUACAUCAGUGUCAAUAGGCUUUUGGAAUGCUUUUUGUUGCACUACAGGGGCAAUCAGCAGUAGAUAUGAAAAGAUGUCGUUUGUAUUUUGAACCGAACGACCGAAGUGAUCUUGUUGUAAUUUUCAGUUCAGAAAUUGGUACAAAGAGGAAGCGCUUUAAUGCGAACCUGCGCUUGCCCGGGUGGUUCGUUCGCCCGCUCGGCUGGAGGAGCGGCCACCCGGGAUUGAUCCCCGAAUCUCGCACGUUGGUCGGGCCUUUGUGGCGCCUUCCCACCCGGCCGCGUUCGUUUUGAGCGAAGGCUGGUGAGUACCGGGGAUUGUUCCCCUUGUAGGAGUAGAGUGUGUGUGCGUUGUACUUAAAAAAAAAAGAGGAAGCGCUUUAAGGGCAGGUAGCGCAUUAGAGCUGAUGUGUGUUCUUGUUAACAACUUCCGAAGUUUCUGACUUCCUGUUAUAUGCUACCCUCAGUUUUGUAUUUUCCCAACCUUGCUUAACCUGUGCACCGUCCAGAGAG